UGCUCCCCUCUCGGACGGUAACAAGUCAACACCACAUCCGCAUCCACAUCCAAAGUACUACACACAAAUCCCGAGCUAGCGAAAACCGAUUCGUUUUCUUACCGCACCGCGAAGCCGAGGCGAAGGCGAAGGCGAACCCAUCAUCGGCGAUGUUCCUGGUGGGGAUAGUGGCGGAGCUGCUGGAGGACUACACGAUGCUGCUGGCGGAGGUGCUGGAGCAGCUGCUCAACGGCGCGCCGUUCCCCCGCCGGAUGCGCACGCUCAUGCUGCGGAGCCUCCCCUUCGUGGCCCCGCCGCUCGCGCCGCCGCCGCCGCCGCACGCUCUCCGCGUCACCACCCGAGGCUGAUCGAUCCACCCGGCUGCCUCUCUGCUAAGCCUCAUCCGAUCCGAUAGGUCCAUCCGGAUCGUUUGUUUUGCCUCUUUGGGUUCAUUCUGUUGAUUCGUUUGGUGUACAGACCGACUUGUACUAUGAUGUCUCUUACUGUAUCAUCCAGCGGUGGAAAUGAGACCGAUUUUUCCAUGGCUCCUUUUAAGUAGUUCUGGUGAGAAGAUCAAGCGGCCUUUCAGUUUGAGGUCUUUUUUCGUGUGCAUAAUGCAUACUAGUAGAACUGUGGAUGAUGUCUUUUGCUGGAUGGGAACAUGAGUUUAUGACUGAUUGUCUGGA